GUGCGAAUAAUUAAGAUGCCGCUUUACAAUCGGAAACCAUUUCAGCCAACUACUGUGACUGAGAUAAACCCUAAAGCACAAUAUUUUUAUUUGAAUAUAACAGGAGAAGUAUUUCAAGACUAUGAGUCUUAUCUUGAAAGGUUACUCACUUGCAAAAGUCGUAACUGGACUUGUUCCAUAACUGGGAAGAGUGGUCUCACUUUUCAAGAAGCUCUUGCUUCAGAAAAAGAAACUUCCUGGAAAGUAAGUCAAGAAUUUAAGGAUGAUAUCUACUUGGAACCUCUUUGUCGGUUGAUUCACUUGUCUUAUCUCCGUUUGGAGCAGCUAGUAGAUGCUGCCUAUGUUCGAUUCAAAAAAUAUUACUGUGUAGGGGAAAGGUUAAUUUACAACGGUAAAGAAUGGCAAGUAACCAAUAUACUAUCUAAUACUGGAAAGCCUUUUAAAGAAAAGAGAGCGGAGGAGUUUAUACAACUUUCGUCCUUUCAGUUGACUUACCAACUAAAGGACUUGGAGCAUAACGAAAUAACUGAAAUAUCCUCCUCUGAGCUGGUAAAAAAGAACAAAUCGCCUGUUUCUAAAGUGACACUAAAGUUUAAAAUUCGAGAAAUUUCAUCUCGAGAACAGCAAAAAGAAGCUCCAUUAUUGGUCAAACCUGAACUUGCUGAUAAGUUUGGUCUCAUUUGGUUUGAUCCUACAAUUCAAGUAUCGAUACUCAACUGCCAAGACAACGAUGGGAAAGGCAAUCUAUCUUAUCAUGAACUCGUUGGCAAUGGUACUUCUCUUUGUAAUUGUCGAACGACGGAUAGAUGGAUUCAUUUGAUGGAAGAAGUAAUUAGGUCUCAAGAUGAAUGUUUGUGGCCGGAACCUAUCUUUUCUUCGAAGAUUCCAUCUCACGUUUAUGGAGACGUAGUUUAUGUUUGGGAAGUGGCUCAUGUAUUUGGCGAUCAACUUGGUCUUGUACCUUUUUCUCUGUUUGAUUUGGAGAAGGCCUUAUGUUACCAUGAUAGAAAUGCUCUUCUUGACUGUUUGUUUCAUCAAUUGGUUAUUUUAUCUUUAGAAAAUCAUGAAGAUGUUCCAGAAAGUUCUGGUUCACGUAUGAAGAGUGAUGCUGAACGAAAGUCGGGAUGGGAAAAUGUAUUAGUUCGAAUUGUUCGUUUUGAGUUGCAAAAUAUUUCAGGUGGUGAAGAUUAUCUUCAUCAUAUUGCACAAACGAAUCUUGGACACAAGGGAGAAGUAGACUCUAUGAAUCAUAUGGAGUAUUUGUUGAGUCGUUGGAUUGAGGACAAAGGAUAUCAAAAUUUGAAUGCAUCAGAACGUCUUGUAUUUUUAAGAAUGUUAUGUGACAUUGCUUUAGGAGCAGAGCCUAUACGUAAAUUAGUUGAAAGUGAAUUGGAAGAAAUGCAGGAUAAGAGGAAGAGGAAGAGAAUGGAGAUUAUAGAAGAGAGACAGAGUUUAGAAAGGGAAAUGGAAAAAGCCAAACAAACUUUAGAUAAGUAUAGAAAGUCUCAUGGAAUGAAAGAGAAUGGCAAUAUGUGUUCUAAUCAUGAAGAACUUUUUGGUCCUUUUAAGGAUUCUCAUAUUCUCGAUGAUUCCAUUGACAAUGUAAAUACGAAUGAUAAUGAAGAGAACAACAAGUUAUCAGCUAUUAGAACGAGGACACUGAGUAAGAGACAAAAGACUUUAAGAGAAGAAAAGCUUCGGCAAGAACGACGAGAGAAAGAGAGUGAGGCAAGAAAUGAAGAACGAAAACUUGUAGAAAAGAUUGCCUUAUUAGAAAAGAAAUAUCGAGCUUCUAGUGAGAGUUUAGGAAAACAGUUGGGUCGUUCAGUUCGUUCGCCAUUUCUAAGGUGGCAUCCGUUAGGAGUGGAUCGUUGUCUUCGAAGGUAUUGGUUACUGGAACAAGAAGGUAUUUUAUUUGUUGAAGUUCCUGAAAUGCGAUACGGAAUUAGUCACUGGGGUUUUUAUAAUUCUCGCAAACAGUUGCGUUUAUUAUAUGAAUAUUUGAAUGAAAGAGUAAGUGGAGAGGCACUUUUGAAGAAGCAUUUGGACCGUCGAUUUUCGAAUAUCGUUCAUAUGAUGAAACGAAGAGAAGCGAUGAAAGAGUCAAUGUAUCAAUCGAAAAGACUUCGUUCACGCCAAGACGACUUGGAGCAGUUUCUAUGUUAUCCCAACGUUUUAAGAAAGUAAAGGAAUGAAUUUUAUAUUUAUCUAUUGGACACAAUGAAUAGCAGCUCAUUACACUUUUCCAUGUUGAGUUUUAGUGUGCCCCUGCAUCGAGUGAUUCACAAGUCUCCUUGUUUUCAUACAAAACAGUUCAAAGGAACUCACUUCUUUGAGAAAGUGAGAAUUGUUCGUAGUUAUCCUUUCCAUUUGGUGGUUUUGAUG